UCCACCGCCAUUACAAGCACCAGAACAAUGGUCGCCACACGUGUGAGCACAAAUUAGAAAAAAAACGAUCGUGCGUGCAAGCUAAGUGCCCACGAGGCCACGAGGAGUAGCAAAAUCUAAUAAUUCCAAGGCAUGGCUGCUCUACGUUCUUUCAUCUUGCUCCUCGUGACCGUCCUCGCCUCCAUGGCCGCUACAGGGACUGCCUCCUUUGACCUCCGCGCCGAGCUCAACCACCCCUACGCCGGAAGCCCGCUUUCCAGGUACGAAAUGGUCCGCGAGGCCGCCAGCACGAGCAAGGUCCGGCGCGCUUGGACCGCCGCUAGGCUGGCCAAUGCGUGCGGCGGGCGCGGCGGCGGCACCUCCGCACCGGACGUGCCGGUCACGCCCGCCGGCAGGUCCUUCUACACCCUGACCGUCGGCGUCGGCACUCCGCCGCAGUGGCACACGCUCGUCCACGACACGGGCAGCGACCUCGUCUGGGUUUUCUGCAAGCUGGUGGGCGGCGGCGCCACGCCGACCGACCCUCUCUACGACCCGGGCAAGUCGUCCUCCUUCGCCGCCGUCCCCUGCGACGGCAAGCUGUGCCGGGAGGGCGAGUUCCAGUCCAAGAACUGCUCCAGGAACCGGUGCCUCUACACCUACGCCUACGGCAGAGGCCAGACCUACGGCGAACUCGCCUCCGAGGUCUUCACGUUCGGCGCGCACCACAAGGUCCCGGCCACCCUCAACUUCGGGUGCGGGGGGAGGUUCUUGAAGGCCGACAUCUUCAACGCCUCCGGCUUCCUCGGGCUCAGCCCGGACAGGCUCUCCUUCGUGACGCAGCUGCAGAUACCAAGGUUCUCCUACUGCCUCUCCCCUUACACCGACCGUAAGAGCGGUCACAUGUUCUUCGGCGCCAUGGCCGACCUGUCCAGGUACAGGACCACGGGGCCGAUACAGACCACUUCCUUUCUCAACAACCGGAUCGGCAGCAACACCUACUACUUCCUGCCCCUGAUCGGCGUCUCGGUCGGGGGCAAGAAGCUCGACGUCCCGGCGUCGAGCUUCGCCGGCACGUUCGUCGACUCCGGCUACACGACCGGCGCCCUCACGGCUCCAGCGCUGCGCGCCCUCGAGGAGGCGCUGGUGGAUGCCCUGAAGCUGCCGCGGAGGGGCUCCUCCGACCCGGACUACGACUUCUGCUUCCAGCUGCCGCGCGGCGUGCCCAUGACGGCGGUGCCGGCGCCGCCGCUGGUGUACCACUUCGAGGGCGGCGCCGCGAUGGUGCUGCCUCGGGAGAGCUACCUCGCCGAGCCGAGCCCCGGGGAGAUGUGCCUGGUGAUCGGGGUGGAUUCGCAGCCGGUCAUCGGCAACUUCCAGCAGCAGAACAUGCACGUGCUCUUCGACGUGCAGAACCAGAAGUUCUCCUUCGCGCCCACUCAGUGUGACCAGAUCUGAGUCGUGACCUACAUGAACAUGAGCCUCUGCUGCUCUGCAUUGGGAUGGAGCAGAGCACAGAACGAAGAGUUACUAUCUGCUCUACUAUAUAUAGUGUAAGUUACAGUCAAAAAAGAAAUAACGGGCUUACUAGUGUCUUGGAUGUCCGAUGAAAACUUUUCC